UUGUCACAGCAAAUGGACUUAGCCCCCUGCGUCAACUACUGCGAAGCAAAUACGACAAUUCACCCCCUUUGAAUUUUAUUUUUAUAACGCGCGUUACGUUUUAAGAGUAGCUAAGUAACUUUACGACGCUCCCUAAAUUGCUACGACCUUUGCCCCGCCGACGUUGCUGUAGUGCCGUAGCAUGCAGUGUGUAACACUAUCUAGUAAACUUGUCACACUCAGACAGAGUCUCACAAUCAGAAAAGUUCUCACAGAGUUGCCGAGGUUUGAGCUUCAUCGUAGGAACAUGUCGAGCCAAGUGAAGCGGCCCGUGUCUUUACUGGGAACUAUGGCGUUCGGUGGUCGAGCUGACGCGGAGCAGAGUCUGCAGAUGGUGCAGGCUUUUCUGUCCCGGGGACACAACCACCUGGACACAGCCCUCAUGUAUGUGGACGGCAAGGCAGAGACAGUCAUAGGAGGCAUGAAACUCCCCAAAACAGUAAGCAUAGCUACCAAAGCAAACCCCUGGGAUGGGAAAACACUGAAGCCAGAAAGUGUGCGCGCUCAGCUGGAAACCUCCCUUCAGAGGCUCCAGACUGACUGUGUGGACCUUUUCUACCUCCAUGCUCCCGACCACCAAAACCCCAUUCAGGAGACUCUCAGGGCCUGCAAUGAUCUCCACAAAGAGGGAAAAUUCAAGGAGUUUGGCCUGUCAAACUAUGCAUCAUGGGAAGUGGCUGAAAUUGCAUGCAUCUGCAGACACAACAACUGGAUCAUGCCGACCGUUUAUCAGGGGAUGUACAAUGCCACGACGAGACAGGUUGAGACGGAGUUGCUCCCGUGUCUCAGAAACUAUGGAAUGAGAUUCUAUGCAUAUAAUCCUCUGGCAGGUGGCCUUCUAACAGGGAAGUAUCAUUACCAAGACAAAGAUGGAUCCCAGCCUGCAGGACGAUUCUUUGGUAAUUCCUGGGCUGCAGCAUAUCAGGACAGAUACUGGAAGAUGAGUCAUUUCCAUGCCAUAGAUUUGGUUAUUAAAUCCUUGGAGACAGCUUAUGGCUCAGAAAAACCCACCAUGACUUCUGCUGCCAUGCGCUGGAUGUAUCACCACUCCCAGCUUAAGGGAGAUCUUGGAGAUGGAGUUAUCAUUGGCAUGUCAAGCAUGGAGCAACUUCAGCAGAACCUGGCUGCUGCAGAGGAAGGUCCUCUGGAUGAGAGUGUGGUCGCUGCCUUUAAUGAAGCCUGGAACCUCGUAGCCCAUGAGUGUCCCAACUACUUCCGAUGAGGACACAAAGUCGUAAUCUAAAUUAGUCAAAUCUAUUUCCAUGAAAACAUUUAAUAGGAAAAAAUGUGCUAAAAUCCUGCUCAUCUUAAUUGCUUAAUUGUACUACACUCACUUUUCUUCUGAAUGGAGGAAUUGGAAACCAUUUUGUAUUAAUGCAAGUAAGAACACACCCUUAAUAAAAAUGUAAAAAUGACAAAACGA